AAGAAAGAAUAUACCUACCAAAACGAAAAAAGAAACAAAAAAAUUUAGAGAAGAGAAAAAUAUUUAAUUAGUUAUGUUUUUUAAAAAAUAAAGAAAAAGAACAUGGGUUAUUCACAAGUAUUAUAAUAGACUGUACGAUAGUAUAGAUUAAACGCAACACCCAAUUUAUGUUGGCUUUUCCCUACUACUUCCACCGCCCCCUUCUCAGCUGAAAUUCGCCGUUAAACACCAAAAAUAUGGACUUUCAACACCCUAACCAGCGCUACAUGAGGCCUCCUCCGCCACUCCCACCGCCGUCCAUGGCGGAUCCCCACCACCAGCCUCCUCCGCCGAUGCAGCAACAGCAGCAGCAGCCACAUCCUCCCCAGGGCUCCACCUGGUUCUCCACCCAAUUCCAGUAUCACCAUCCCUCGCAGCAGUCUCCGUCUCCCCCGCCGCCUCACAACCAGUGGGGUCCACCUCCUCACUCCGAUCAUCUCCCCCCUCCUCCUCCUCCUCCACCGCCUUAUUCUCACAAUCCUUAUUCUCUUCACAACCAGUACCCUCCUCUUCCUCUUCCCCCUCGGCCUCACCUACCUCCUCCUCCUCAUCCUCAUCCUCAUUCUCAUUCUCAGAUCCCCCAAUCUUAUCCUCACGUCAACCAGGACUGGGGCAAUUCAAAUUGGGGUCAUCAUCAAGGCUGGGAGUACCCAGCCCAGAACAAUGAAGAAGAUUGGGCUGCCAAGGCCAGAGCGUGGGCAGCUGCCAAAGUUGCAACAGAUACUCAUCAUCCACAGUCACAGUUCACGCCAAAUGGCAGACCGGAAGAACUGAGUCAUUAUCACGAUCAGUAUCCACAAAAUGUUGAUGUUCAUUAUGCAGAUGCUCCUCAGCCGUCCCACCUCGCGUCAAGCUAUCAACAGUAUCCUGCUCCAGCUGCACCUCCACACAGGCCACCUGACUUUCAUGUACAUGAGUCUGCAUCCAUCAGUACCGGUCAAUCUUCGUAUGUUCCGGAUGGGCAUUUUCAUUUCACCAGUAGAGAUGGAACUUUGGCGAGAGAUUCAAAUGCUGUAUAUCGUCAUCAAGAAUUUGGACCUACAAGCCCAUUGGUUCACCAGCAGGAGGUACCUUCUAGUUAUUCUUCUGUUACAGGUAAAGAAGAGUCUGGAGAUCAAAACGAAAAGUUCUAUAAGUCACUGCCUUCGUCUAUUGCAUCAACUCAAGGACAGCACCAUCUGCAGCCACCAUUUCCUCCAAUUGGUAGAUCAGUUUCUAUGGAGCAGACUCGUUAUGCAUUUGGCAGCAUGUCAGCUGAGCCCAUAACUGAUCUUAGUGAUCAGCCUUUAGAUUUUGCACCGAGGUUUAAUCGAGACAAUGAUCCACAUUUGCAACCCAGUUAUCCUCAUACUGAUUCAGUGGGACCCUUAAGAGGAGUAGACCCUGUUGCAUCUGUUCCUUCUGUUCAUAGUUGGACAUCCCCAGUUGCAGCUGGGGCAGUUUAUCCACCAGUCCCUCCAGUACACCUAUCAGGGCAGCAGUACGAUCCUUCAAUAGAUGCACCCUCAUCAAUUCCUGGACAUUCUGCACCAAUAUUUGGAAGGAUGCCUGGACCAAGCUUCCCGUCUACAAUUCCAACUGUUGGUGCACCCUUUGGCAUCGGCACAGGAACUGCACUUCAUCCAACAACAGGGUUUCCUGGUGAUGUAUAUGGGGUUUCUAGUGUUUCUGAACGCCCUAAAAAGGGCUCAGUUCCUAACUGGCUUAGAGAGGAAAUAAUUAAGAAGAAAGCUGCUAUUGGAAGUUCUGCUCUUGAGCAUCCCAAAGAGGAAAGUCAAUAUAUUGAAGAUGAAAGUGUUGAUAAAUCUCUAGGGAAAGGUGAUCAGGCAGAUAGCAAAAGCAUUGAUUCUUCCAGGUCAACUGAAGAAGAGGAUGAUGAUGAGGAUUAUGUGGAAGUAGCCAGAACUGCAGCAAUAAACCAGGAAAUAAAGCGUGUUCUGACUGAAGUUCUUUUGAAGGUUACUGAUGAUCUUUUUGAUGAAAUUGCGACAAAAGUUCUUAGUGAAGAUGAUCUCUCUGUUGAAGUUAAGCACAAUGUUGUUGCCCCACCUCGUAAAGUAUCACCAUCUACUCCAGCUGUUCCAACUCCCAAGGCUUCUGCAAAGGUUCUAAUACCAGCCAAAACCAACGAAAUUGAUACUGAGGAUGUUAGUGGGAAAUCUACUUCCAGCUCUCCUGGAGAUGUAUUAGGUCUCGGUAGCUAUGCCUCAGAUGAUGAUGAGGAUGAUGAAAUCCCGACUACUGGUAUGCCAAAUUCUAAUGAAGAUACCGUUUCUCAGCGGCAAAGCAUUAGAAAGCUUUCAGAAGAUGUACAUGCAUUUGAGAAUGGCAGUUCAAAAACAGAAGCUGAAAAGAAUGACAAAGGUCAUACAAAUAAGGAGACUGAUCCCACCAGUGGGAGUCCAAAUGGGGCCUCAAUUCAUCACAGUGCUGUGCAUAGUGAGUUGAGUACUGAUUUGGCAGGUAAAAGACCAGCACAUGGUAAUGUUCAGUCCAGACAUUCUUCUAAGAUGGUAGCUGGAGUGAGGGAAGAUGAAACUGAUGUUGAUGGUGAGAAAAUGCUAUACAGUGCCGAUCCUUCCUUGUCAAAGGAUAGUGUAGGAGAAAAGACAAUUAUGCAAACUGAACGACUAGUUGAGAAUGUUGAUGUCAAUAAGUCGAGAACAAAUGAUUCUCAAGAUAGAGAAACCAGAAAAAAACCAGAUAAGAACGAUAGACGUGAAGCUAAGAGGAGUUCUGCUGGGAAAGACUUUGUUAAGGAGGUCGAGAGUGGCAAAGAUGGAAGAGACAAUAAGGGUGAUGAGACUCAUAAGAGGCAGGAUGAGAGGCAUGCAAGAAAGGAACGGACAGAUGACCUGAAUGGAUCGAAAGAAAGAAUGAAAGAGCAUGGUGUUAAGUCUGUGGAAAGAGCAAAGGAUUAUGAUUCAAGGAAAAAGUCCUCCCAUCCUGAUGUUAAGGAGGAUAGAAAGGAAAAUGAGAGAGAUAAAAAAGCUAGUGCUAAAGAAGAUAGCGAUAGAAAAAGAGCACGAAAGGAUGACAAGGGAGAAAGAAAACAUGGAAGUGAAUCAAGCAGACACAAGAGACAUCGUUCCUCUUCGAUUGGCAGUAGGGGCAGAAACAGCAAGGACAAUUCGGUGGUUAGUUAUGCCAAUGAUUCAAGUGAUGAACCCUCGGAUGAUUCUAAAAGGAAACUACAUUCAAGAAGACGUAAUUUAUCACCAUCGCCUAUCAGGUCUAGGAGAAGAAGCAGCGUAAUUUAUGCCAACAGGCCAGUUCUUAUAAAGCUUGACUUUAUAGAAGGCUGAGCAUUCUUCUCCCAAAAUAUAUAAUUUCAACUCAUUGGCUUAGUAUGGGGUGUUUUCAUUUCUAGACAAGUUUCGCGGUCUCCACAUAGCAGGCAUUCUCAGCGCAGGCAUUCUCCCUACUCUUCUCUUGAGACCACCAGGUAUGUUGCGACACGGUCUGAAAGAUUAUGAUUAUGUUGAUGUUUUUGAGACGUAACCAUCCAUCAUCAUUACAAUAAGAAAGUCAGGUGAAAGCAUAAGGUCCUAGAUUUUGGCCCACAAAUAUUUCAUAUUUUAUAGACUGUUCCAUUCUAAUUGCAGGGGAAGGAGGUCGAGAUCCAGGUCACCUGUUCGCCGGCAUAGGUGAUGGGAAAGAACAGUGUCUUGACAUGAUGCAAACUUAGAAAUGCUAGAGAUUCGUUUCUUUGUUGAUUGCAACGAAAUGGAGGCCUCACAUGUGCGCCCCUAUAGCAUUCGAGUAAUAGAGCGAUUUCAAUGUCAAAUUGCUGCUGUUGAGGAAAAGAAGGGUUCGCGGGCAUUUUGGUUUUGAUGUCAGAUUGGUGCUGUUUAGAAAAAGAGGGUCCCGUGUGCAUUUUAAUUGCAAGGAUAAAGGCUUGGAAUGUACAUUCAAGGCAACGCGAUGAUGCUUGUAGCUUGUAUCUGGACGUUGACAUUCUUGUUGAAGUUUGUAUGUUCUGCAUUGACAGUUCUUUUUUCUUUUUUGGGAUUUUCUUUAUUUUAUUUUAUUUUUUGUUCUGUA